GCCCCGGAACGCGCCAACGCGGGCGGCGUCGACGUGGACAGAGGUCCCCCCCAGAUGCCGAGGUUGCUGCAGAGACCGAAGGGGACUCGCACGAGCAGGGAUUUUUUUUUUUUUUGGAGGUCCCCGAGCCACGGUGGCCGCCCCAAAGACUCUGCAGUUAUUGCAGAGGCCGAGUACGCGGCCGCCCGCGCCCGUAUCUUCGGCACGAAGGGCAGCGGCGGCAGGGGCCCGAAGGGCCAGGGCAGGGGGGCGGCGCCGGGCCGCGGCCGCAGCGGCGGCUACGCGGAAGGACGCAGUGGAGGCUACGGCGGCGGGGGCGGCGGCCCUGGCGGCCACGGCGGGGGAUACGCCGUGGGCUCCGGGGCCGGCCGGGGCGCGCGAGGCGGAGCGGGUGGCGGCGGCAGGAGGCAGCAGCGCGAGGACGCUCAGGACCCAGACUACAACCGCAACAUCCAGCAGUUCGCCCCGCGGCUGGCCCCCGAGGAGCCGCUGCACGGCAACAAUUCGCGGUAUGUGCCGCCCAGCUACGACGCGGAAUUCCCGUCGCUCGGCAGGUAG